GAGAGCUAUGGAUAAAAGUGCACAAGAAAAAUGAUGGCUCCUAUAUGAAUGAGGAAGCAAGGGCAAUUGGUGAAAGAAUUGAGGAGAUUGAGCAACAGGAUGAAUCUUCUAGAGUGUUGUCUCAAAAUGACUCCAUUGCUCAGGUUUUUGGUAAAGAGAAACCGGGUAGAGUACGUGGUGUGGGUUUCGGUCCGACUCCUACCCAACUCUUCGGUUCGAAUUCACGUGCGCCAAGCAACAGAGUCGAAGAAGAGGAGACCCAGAGGAAGUUGUGUGCACUGGAGGCAGAAUUGGAAAGCGAGAAGUUGAAGAGGAAGGCGAUGGAAGACGAGGCAGCAGCAUAUAAGAAAAAGAUGCAGGCGAUGGAGAGAGCUCUGAUUUAUCUUUUUCAAAGGCAGGGUGAGGAGCUGCCGGGAGACAUCGCUGUAGGGAUGAGUUCCGUGGAAUGAAAGAGUGAACAAUAAUAGUAGGAUUAGAUAGUGUUUGGAUC